AGGAGGAAGGCAGACACGGGAAAUCAUGCCACUGACGGCCGGGUGGCAAUGAGUGGGUGAUGCCGCAUUGACGUCAAAGGCGGAGGAGACAAAGCCCCGGAGCAGCUCAUUCCGGAGUUGUCCCAGCACUGGCCCCCGGCCCUUCCUUUCUGUACACCCCAGAGCCUGGCUUUUCCUGGUGGAACCCUGGUGGCCCGACGUAUUUUGAGGUCUUCAGACACACGGAUGCUAGAUGCCAUGGAGAGUCAGGUGUUCAGCGUUCAGCAGAUCCAACCCAACGUCAUCUCCGUCCGCCUCUUCAAGCGGAAGGUGGGGGGCCUGGGGUUCCUGGUGAAGGAGCGGGUGAGCAAGCCCCCCGUGAUCAUCUCGGACCUGAUUCGAGGUGGGGCCGCGGAGCAGAGCGGCCUCAUCCAGGCCGGGGACAUCAUCCUUGCAGUUAACGGCCAGCCCCUGGUGGACCUGAGCUAUGAGAGCGCCCUUGAGGUGCUCAGGGGCAUCGCCUCUGAGACGCACGUGGUCCUCAUUCUGCGGGGCCCUGAGGGCUUCACCACUCACCUGGAGACCACCUUCACUGGGGACGGGACCCCCAGGACCAUCCGGGUGACACGGCCCCUGGCCGCCCCCCCCACCGCUGUCGAUCUGUCUCACCAGUCAUCGGGCAGCAGAGAGCACACACUGGCAGCGGACGGGGCCACGGGUGCUGGCAAUGGGCCACGGCUCGCCCCAGAUAGCGGGCACGAAGCCGGUUCUGUCCCAGGUACCAACAGCCUGGCUCCCAGGCCCCCGGCCCAGGACCCCGCCAAGAAGAGCGUGGGAGUUGUCAUCCAGGACAACCAGAAGAGUGAUUUGCUCAAAGAGAUAGAACCUGUACUGAGCCUUCUCAACAGCGGGAGCAAAGAGAUCAAUGGAGGGGGGCCUCCCAAGGCCCAGACGAAAGAUGCGGAAGUCCAGGUGGACAGAGGUCUGGACGGCAAGUCGCACAAACCACUGUCCCUCGGCGUGGAGAAUGACCGAGUCCUCAGUGACCUGUGGGGGAAGGGCCACAUGCCCGCCGUCCUCAACAACCCGUAUUCAGAGAAGGAGCAGCCCCCUGCCUCGGGGAAACAGUCUCCCACGAAGAAUGGCAGUCCCUCCAAGUGCCCCCGCUUCCUCAAGGUGAAGAACUGGGAGACCGACGUGGUUCUCACUGACACGCUUCACCUCAAGAGCACACUGGAAACGGGCUGCACCGAGCACAUCUGCAUGGGCUCCAUCAUGCUUCCCUCUCAGCAAAUUCGAAGGCCCGAGGACGUCCGCACGAAAGAACAGCUCUUCCCUCUCGCCAAAGAGUUCAUUGACCAGUACUACUCAUCAAUUAAAAGAUUUGGCUCCAAAGCCCACACGGAGAGGCUGGAAGAGGUGAAUAAAGAGAUCGAAACCACCGGAACCUACCAGCUCAAGGACACAGAGCUCAUCUACGGGGCCAAGCAUGCUUGGCGGAACGCCUCCCGCUGCGUGGGCAGGAUCCAGUGGUCCAAGCUGCAGGUGUUCGAUGCCCGCGACUGCACCACCGCUCACGGGAUGUUCAACUACAUCUGCAACCACAUCAAGUAUGCCACCAACAAAGGGAACCUCAGAUCCGCCAUCACCAUAUUCCCCCAGAGGACUGACGGCAAGCACGACUUCCGAGUCUGGAACUCUCAGCUCAUCCGCUAUGCUGGCUACAAGAAGCCCGACGGCUCCAUCCUAGGGGACCCGGCCAAUGUGGAAUUCACAGAGAUCUGCAUCCAGCAAGGCUGGAAACCCCCAAGAGGCCGCUUCGAUGUGCUGCCACUCCUGCUCCAGGCCAAUGGCAACGACCCCGAGCUCUUCCAGAUUCCCCCAGAGCUGGUGCUGGAAGUGCCCAUCAGGCACCCCAAGUUUGAGUGGUUCAAGGAGCUGGGCCUGAAGUGGUACGGCCUCCCCGCUGUGUCCAGCAUGCUGCUGGAGAUCGGCGGCCUGGAGUUCAGCGCCUGCCCCUUCAGCGGCUGGUACAUGGGCACGGAGAUUGGCGUCCGCGACUAUUGUGACAACUCUCGAUACAACAUCCUGGAGGAAGUGGCCAAGAAGAUGAACUUGGACAUGAGGAAGACGUCCUCCCUGUGGAAGGACCAGGCGCUGGUGGAAAUCAACAUUGCUGUCCUCUACAGUUUCCAGAGUGACAAAGUGACCAUCGUUGACCACCACUCUGCCACCGAGUCCUUCAUUAAGCACAUGGAGAAUGAAUACCGCUGCCGGGGGGGCUGCCCCGCCGACUGGGUGUGGAUCGUGCCCCCCAUGUCUGGCAGCAUCACCCCCGUCUUCCACCAGGAGAUGCUCAACUACCGACUCACCCCCUCCUUCGAGUACCAGCCUGAGCCUUGGAACACCCAUGUUUGGAAAGGCACCAAUGGAACCCCCACAAAGCGGCGUGCCAUCGGCUUCAAGAAGCUGGCAGAAGCCGUCAAGUUCUCAGCCAAACUCAUGGGGCAGGCAAUGGCCAAGAGGGUCAAGGCGACCAUCCUUUAUGCCACAGAGACGGGCAAAUCGCAGGCCUAUGCUAAAACCUUGUGUGAGAUCUUCAAACAUGCCUUUGAUGCCAAGGUGAUGUCCAUGGAAGAAUACGACAUUGUACACCUGGAACACGAAACUCUAGUCUUGGUGGUUACCAGCACUUUUGGCAACGGAGACCCCCCAGAGAAUGGGGAGAAAUUCGGCUGUGCUUUGAUGGAAAUGAGGCACCCCAAUUCCAUGCACGAGGAAAGGAAGAGCUACAAGGUCCGAUUCAAUAGCGUCUCCUCGUAUUCGGACUCCCAUAAGGCCUCCGGCGAUGGGCCAGACCUCAGAGACAACUUUGAGAGUGCUGGACCCCUGGCAAAUGUGAGGUUCUCCGUAUUUGGCCUUGGCUCCCGGGCUUACCCUCAUUUCUGCGCCUUUGGACACGCCGUGGACACCCUCCUGGAGGAGCUGGGGGGAGAGAGGAUCCUGAAGAUGAGGGAGGGAGAUGAGCUCUGUGGGCAGGAAGAGGCGUUCAGGACCUGGGCCAAGAAGGUCUUCAAGGCAGCCUGUGAUGUGUUCUGCGUGGGAGAUGACGUCAACAUUGAGAAGGCAAACAACUCCCUCAUCAGCAACGACCGCAGCUGGAAGAGAAACAAGUUCCGCCUCACCUACGUGGCCGAGGCUCCAGAACUUACACAAGGUCUGUCCAAUGUCCACAAAAAGCGGGUCUCAGCCGCUCGACUCCUCAGCCGUCAGAACCUUCAGAGCCCUAAAUCCAGCCGGUCCACCAUCUUCGUGCGUCUCCACACCAACGGCAAUCAGGAGCUGCAGUACCAGCCUGGGGACCACCUGGGCGUCUUCCCUGGCAACCGCGACGACCUGGUGGCCGCCCUGAUGGAACGGCUGGAGGAUGCACCCCCAGUCAACCAGCUGGUGAAGGUGGAGCUGCUGGAGGAGCGAAGCACUGCUCUGGGAGUCAUCAGUAACUGGACCAAUGAGCACCGCCUCCCGCCCUGCACCAUCUUCCAGGCCUUCAAGUACUAUCUGGACAUCACCACGCCGCCCACGCCGCUGCAGCUGCAGCAGUUUGCCUCCCUGGCCACCAGCGAGAAGGAGAAGCAGCGCCUGCUGGUCCUCAGCAAGGGUUUGCAGGAGUACGAGGAAUGGAAGUGGAGCAAGAACCCCACCAUCGUGGAGGUGCUGGAGGAAUUCCCGUCCAUCCAGAUGCUCACCAGCCUGCUCCUGACCCAGCUGUCCCUGCUGCAGCCUCGGUACUAUUCCAUCAGCUCCUCCCCGGACAUGUACCCCGACGAGGUGCACCUCACCGUGGCCGUUGUCUCCUACCGCACCCGAGAUGGAGAAGGGCCAGUUCACCAUGGCGUGUGCUCCUCCUGGCUCAACCAGAUACCGGCUGACGAAGUGGUUCCCUGUUUCGUGAGAGGAGCACCCAGCUUCCACCUGCCCCGGAACCCUCAGGUGCCCUGCAUCCUCGUCGGCCCGGGCACUGGCAUCGCCCCUUUCCGAAGCUUCUGGCAGCAGCGGCAAUUUGAUAUCCAGCACAAAGGAAUGAGCCCCUGCCCCAUGGUCCUGGUGUUUGGGUGCCGGCAAUCCAAGAUCGAUCACAUCUACAGGGAGGAAACUCUACAGGCCAAGAACAAAGGGGUCUUCAAAGAGCUCUUCACGGCCUACUCCCGGGAGCCGGACAAACCAAAGAAGUACGUCCAGGACAUUCUGCAGGAGCAGCUGGCAGAGCCUGUGUACCGAGCCCUGACGGAGCAAGAGGGCCACGUUUACGUCUGCGGGGACGUCACCAUGGCCGCCGACGUCCUCAAAGCCAUCCAGCGCAUCAUGACCCAGCAGGGGAAACUCUCAGCGGAGGAUGCUGGCGUGUUCAUCAGCAGGCUGAGGGACGACAACCGGUACCAUGAGGACAUUUUCGGGGUCACCCUGCGAACAUAUGAAGUGACCAACCGCCUUAGAUCUGAAUCCAUUGCCUUCAUUGAGGAGAGCAAAAAAGACACUGAUGAAGUUUUCAGCUCCUAACUGGCUCCUCUUCCCCAGACGGAUGGCCGGGGGACUGUCCCCUGCGCUCCGGCAGGGCGGGGGGGGCUGCAGGUUUUAUAAGCGUGGACAC